AUGAAAAAGGAGGUAGAAAAUGAUUGUAAGGAUGUAUUUGAUAUAUGCAAUGGCCACCUUGUUGAUAUUAGUCAUAGUACAUAUUACAUUAUCAAAAAAUUAAAAAAUUUGUAUGAUGAUUAUUUAUAUUUAAAUUAUCCUCCUUAUAAUUGUAACUUUGAUGAUGAAUGCUAUAAAAAUUAUAAGGAGCUUAUAUUAAUAAGUCAAAAUAGCUAUAACAACAGUUUCAAUGACGUUUUGAAAAAAUUUAAUGAUGAAUAUAACUCAAAAAUGAAGACAUGGCCUGGAUGCAUAAGCGUACCUAAAAGUCUAUAUUCCUAUUAUGGGAGAUAUGGAGACAAGACUUUUUUAGCUUCGUUCCUUAGAUUUUAUCAAAAAAGGAAUGAAGCACUUAAAAUAAGUGACUCAUUUGAAAAAGAAUACAAAAAUUUAACUGAUAAAAAUUAUACAUUAUUAUAUAACACUGUAGAAUACUAG